CUUGCAGAACAUAACCAUGGAAGAAGCUCUCUGCAACAUAUUCUGAUAAUUUUCCUUUUCUUUUUUAUUCCCUUCGUUUUUGAUCUGAAGCUUUGACCGGUCUCUAGAAAUGGUGAAUCCGGUAGGUUUUAGAUUCCGUCCGAACGACGAGGAGAUCGUCGACCAUUACCUCCGGCGAAAAAAUCAGGAUAAUAACACGAGUCAUGUCAAUGAAGUCAUUAGCACAGUCGAUAUCUGUAGCUUUGAUCCAUGGGAGUUACCUUCCCAGUCGAAGAUGGAAUCGACAGAGAAGGUCUGGUUCUUCUUCGGCUGUAAGAAGGAGCUAAGAGGUGAUCGACAGAGCAGAAAAACGAAAACUGGGUUUUGGAAGAAAACCGGAGUAACCAUGGACAUCACGCGCAAGAGGGGAAAUCGCGAGAAGAUCGGUGAGAAAAGGGUUUUAGUGUUUCACUACAGUAAGGCUCUCGGUGGAUCGAAAUCCGGUUGGGUUAUGCACGAAUACGUCGCUACGGUCUCGUCUCCCACUCAGAUGAUGAUGACAUAUACGUUCUGUAAAGUUAUGUUUAAGGGUGACAAGAGAAAGCUUUCUCCUCCUUCUGCUGCUGCUAGUGGAAUUGAGCAUAGUCACUCUUUAAUGAUCCCUCAUGUGAACAACCCUGAGGGAUCGUCGUUUGAAGGCCUCCAUGGCCAAGAGCUAGAGAAUCCACGUCAGUUUAGUGGUAUUAUUGAUGAGCAGCAAGAAGCUCAACUCGGAGCUGCAAUUCGCAGGGCUCUUGACAAAGUGUCAGAUGAUGAUUUGAACAGUUUUAUCAACAAUAACGACGAGGAGCAGGGGAAUAAUAUGUUUGUGCAAGAGGAUCGCAACGAUUACAUACCCAAAAAGUCACUGACCGGCGUCUUCAUUGGUCAUAGCAGUGAUGAUAGUGAUUCUGAUUUCAUCUCUGCAACAACAAGUUCCAUUCAAACUUCGAGCACUAGUGAUAGUUUUGGUAGCUCCAAUCACCGCAUAGACCAAAACACAGGCCUCCAGGAAUCUCCUAACUCAACAAUCAAGUUAUCUGAAAAGGUGAGCCAAGAUAUUGGAGAGCAUCAAUUGGGUCAAGAGACGAUCAGCAACAAAAGAGCUGGUUUCUUUUACACGACUAUACAAAGAUUCAUCAAGAAGAUUCAGCUAUGUUGUUCUAUCUCAUGAACAUGAUCAUUCAUGAAUGAGAUCAGCUGCGAAAAAGAAAAGAGAUCAAGAUCACUUUUUGUUUUUCCCGAAUUUGUAAAACUAUUAACCUAUGUCUAUCUUGUUCCCAUUUUGUAUGUUUGUCCUAAUGUGUAUAUAUAAGAAAGGGUGAAUUUUGUGAUAAGAAGUGGAUAGAGAAGACAAAGUUGUAUCAUCUUAAUACUAUAUAUAAUUAGUAAAGUUUGUA